UAAUCUCGCUGGCGGACGAAGUGACGAACGAAAAGCCGAGUACGUUGCAAUAAUCAUUCAUACAAAGUUAAGUUGAUAAAAAAAAUAUUUCUGAUAAAAUUUGUCAUGAGAGUGAAACAUGAUAACUGAGCUAUAUAAAUACGAGCGUUUCAAUUAAAAUGAUAUUUAUUUCGUUUAACGAUAAGAACAAUAACACAAAGAGUGAUAUAAAUUAUUUUCUGGUGGGGACGACGACGACGGCAACGACAUCAAAAAAACGUUCUCAAUUCCAAUUCGAAGCAAUAAGUUAGUGCUAGCUGUGAGCAAUAAGUCUACGUAUAGUAGUAUAUUCUAUUCAAGAGUCAAGACAGUGACUUGUAGUGAGCUAGUUACUGCCACUCUAGAGAGCCUAGACUAGACCGUGCCGCCGUGACAACGUGUAUGAUAACAGGUCAGUUAGUAGUUAGUAGGAGAGAGAUCUUAUUGGUACGCGGUUGUUUCUACGAAAUCUAUUUCAAUCAUUUAUAUUUUUUGCGUGUCCCAGUCCCAGUGAAAUUCCAAUAAACAAACUAUAGAAUAUGGCACCAACAGUUUUAAUCACUGGUGGGGCGGGGUACAUUGGAUCGCAUACGGCAUUGGAGAUGCUCAAUGCUGGUUACAAUGUAAUCUGUAUAGAUAAUAUGUGCAAUGCCUAUAGCGAGGGUAAAGAUGCGAUGCCGGAAGCCCUCAAAAGAGUCCAGAAAAUAACCGGGAAAACUUUGACAUUCCAUCAAGUCGACAUAACCAACGGAGAGAGUCUUAAAGCUGUUUUCAAAAAACAUAAAAUUGAUAUGGUAGCUCAUUUUGCAGCUUUAAAAGCUGUUGGUGAAUCAUGUCGCUAUCCAUUGCAAUACUAUCAAAAUAAUAUGACUGGAACUAAUAUGUUGCUAGAAGCAAUGGCUGAAAAUAAAGUAUUUAAAUUUGUAUACAGUUCGAGUGCGACUGUUUAUGGAGAACCACAAUUCUUGCCAAUAACUGAAAAACAUCCAACGGGUAAUUGUACAAGUCCAUAUGGAAAAACCAAAUACUUUACUGAAGAAAUUCUAAAGGAUCUAUGUACAUCGGAUGAUCGAUGGGCAGUUGUAUCACUACGUUACUUCAAUCCAGUUGGAGCCCAUCCCAGUGGAAAUAUCGGAGAAGAUCCCAAUGGAGAACCGAAUAACCUCAUGCCAUAUAUUGCUCAGGUAGCAGUUGGUCGCCGCCCACUGCUUAAAGUCUAUGGAACAGAUUUUCCAACUACCGAUGGUACUGGUGUACGUGAUUACAUUCAUAUCGUAGAUCUUGCCGAAGGCCAUGUCAAAGCUUUGGACAAGCUCAAGAAUGACAAUGAGACAGGUUUCUUUGCAUAUAAUUUGGGAACAGGAGUCGGAUGCUCGGUGCUGGAAUUGGUGAAAGCAUUCGAAGAGGCUUCAGGAAAGCCCAUCAAUCGUGAACUAGUCCCACGUAGACCCGGAGAUGUAGCAACUAGUUUUGCUGAUGCUUCAUUAGCAACUAAAGCCCUCGGAUGGAAGGCAAAAUUGGGAAUCAAAGAAAUGUGCGAAGACACAUGGCGUUGGCAGAGCAACAAUCCAAAAGGUUACGCCUCCAAGUAAUGUUGUUGCACCAGGAAACCUGUAUACACAAUAAUUUCACUUAUAUAUAAAUAUUUACCUAUAUCCAAAGAGAUACAUACAACUUAUGUAUGGAAAUAAAAGCCAGUUAUAAAAAAGUAAACUAUAUAAAUUUAAAAAAGUAACUAUUUAAUCACCCACAACAAAAAGUUAUAUACAUAUAUAAAAAAUAUAUCUAUUUAAACCAAGUGUGUCUAUAAAAACAAAAUCUAUCUUUCUUCUUUUUUCUUGUCUUGUAUUUUUGUGUUUUUUGUAUCACAAAUUAUAAUGUAUGUAGAUCAAUGAACUCCAAAAUUUAAAAUAUGUAUGUUUGGUAGUAAUUAACAUAAUAUUGAAGACAUCAUCGUAAUGAUGCAAAUUAAUGUGAUGAUUGCGAGCAUCAUGGCACGUUCAGUUUGACCUUGAAAGCACAUUGUUAAUUAAUUUUUCCUAAUCUUCGAUUCGUAUAAAUUUAGUAAAAUUUUAUGAUGAAUAUAAUACAUAAUUACAUCAUGUGCAUUUAAUGUUUUUUUUUAUAUUUAUGGAGUUUAUUAUUUAAAAAUUAACAAAAAUUUACACCUCAAUUAGAUGAUAAUCGUGAUUACAAUCAAAUUAAGCUUAAAUUUAAUAGAAACGUUUGCAUUUGUAGUUAUUUGUAUGUAAAGUAAAUUAUAUAUUGCAAAUUUUAAUGUAAAGAAAUAAAUCAUAAAACAAA